CAGAUCCGAUAUUUUUGUUGAAAAAUGUAAACAUUUGGUUUCAAGUUCAUCACAUUUAUUAUAAAGUUGGUUUUAAUUAUUGUUAUUAUUGAUUAAUCAUGUUUGUUUCUCGUUUUUUGUUUAAAACUGUAACUAGUCCACUAACGUGCAAAUUAUGUCACCAUGGUUUACGUCUAUCAGUGCCUAGUGCGUAUCUUCCCUCGCUUGUCCAAAUGUCAACCAGAAAUGUCGACCGUUCAUCCAAUUUUAAAAAACUUACCAUAGUUUCGAAGACCAGACAGUCUCGUAAUAGUAAAGGAGAUAGAAAUAGGCCGCUGCUCGCCGCAGGUUUCAUUUCUGGCUUAUUAUCAUUGUUAGGGUGGGAAGAUUUGUUAUCAAAAGAAGAUCCAUUUAUUUUAACAAUUAAACGUGGAAUCCUUUGUAUGCAACGAGAGGAGUUCGAUAAAGCUGAGAUUAUCCUACACGCUGCUCUUUCUAAUGCUGUUGAUAUGGGCAACAGCAAAGCAAUCGCAUACAUCUAUUCGCUUAUGGGCAAUGUCGCUUUUCUUAAAGGCGAUUAUGAAAAAUCUGAGAAGAUUUACAAAGAUCUGAUCAAACGAUUAUUGGAAUUCGGUAUAGAAGAAGAUCAUGAAGCAAUAGUAGAAAUUUCACUAAAAUUAGCAACUAUAUAUAGUAAAUUAGGAAAAUUUAGCAAAGCAGAUGUUGGUUUCAGUCAUUGUUUAAGUAUUCAAAAGAAACGAGCAAACCAAAUUGAAAAUGAUAAAAAGACUAAGAAUGAAUUAUCAGAUUCAGAUAUAAAUAGCCUGGCUUUGUAUGGAAUGGCUCUUGAUUUUUACGGCAAACACUUGCUUCGUAAACAAGAAUAUGAUGGAGCAUUAAAAUACACUCUUGACGCUUUAGCAGUCUGCGAAAAAGUCAAUGGAAAGAACGCUCAUCAAACAAUGAUUCUGCUUAGUGAUGUUGGUACGCUGCUCAAUUUAACGAACAAUUUUGACGAAGCUGAUGAAUAUUUUAAGAAAGCAAUAAAAGUUGGAACUAUCAUCGAGUCAGAUCACCUAAAAACAUUGUACUACAAUGUCGGAAUGAACGAUUUAAUGCGACGUAACUGGCCGUCAGCACAGCAAAACUGUGACGCAUCUUAUAGAUUUGCCAAAAAAGAUGAUGACAUUUAUAUCAUGGGUAUGGCUGAAGAUUGUUUGAAAAAAAUAAGAGCACAAGUUGUUCAAUAAAGUAAUUUAAUUAUUUAUUA